AUGACAAGAAAGAAAGUAAAUCUUGCAUACAUAGCAAAUGAUAGUGCAAGGAAGGCCACUUUCAAGAAAAGGAAGAAGGGUCUGUUGAAGAAAAUGAGUGAGCUUAGCACCCUGUGUGCAAUCCAAACAUGUGCAAUUAUUUACAGUCCCUAUGACCCUGAACCUGAGGUUUGGCCUUCUCCUUUGGGGGCACAAAGCGUGAUUGCGAGGUUUAAGAGCAUGCCUGAGAUGGAACAAAGCAAAAAAAUGGUAAACCAAGAAAGUUUCCUGAUGCAAAGGAUAACUAAAGCGGAGGACCAACUGAAGAAGCAGCAAAGAGAGAGCAGAGAGUUGGAGAUGACCCAAGUCAUGUACAAGAGCUUGGUUGGAAAUCAAGGGCUGCAAAAUCUGGGUGUUGUAGACUUGAACGACUUGGGAUGGCUCAUAGAGAAAACUGUAGAGGAGAUUGGCGAGAGAAUCAAGUCCCUUCGAGAACAAAUAAUGCCUCCUCCCCAAGUCGUGACUGCAGGCCAUAUUAAUCGUACCAGUCAGGAGAUAUAUGGUGAGAAUCAACAGUUGUCAAAGGAAUUCAAACCCAAUGAUCAUCAGAACGCGGGUUUUGGAUUGAGGAACGAAGGGAAGACAGCAUCACAUGAUGAUGAGAAUCCUCAAUGGUUAAUGGAGAUGCUGAGGUCGAAUGAAAGCGUUGGGAGGAACGAAGGCUGCAUGCUGCCGUAUGCACUCAAUAAUAACAAUAACAGUUUGUGGUCUACUUUUAAUUUCCCCUAA